UCGCACCCCGUGCAGCUGUACAUCUACGAUCUCAGCAACGGCAUGGCGCGCAUGCUCUCGCGCCAGCUGACGGGCACGCACUUCGACGCCAUCUACCACACCUCCGUCGUCGUGCACGGCGUCGAGUGGUUCUUUGGCGCCGGGAUCCAGUCCGCGUCGCCGGGCAAGACGCAUCACGGCGCGCCAAUGGAGGUCCACCCACUGGGCAGCACCGCACUGGACGCACAAGGCGUGGCGCAGCUCGUCCGCGAGCUGGCGCCGCGCUUCCAGGCCAGCGACUACCACCUGCUUCGCCACAACUGCAACAACUUCUCGGACGUGCUGGGCAGGCGGCUGACGGGCCAGGGCGUGCCGGCACAUGUGUCCUCGCUACCCGCCGACUUCCUGAGCACUCCCUUCGGCCAGAUGAUGGCGCCGCAGAUCGAC